AUGGGUGCAAGCUAUGUGUUAUCCCGUCUUUUUGUCAGCGGCAAGGAGCAGCAGCAGCAGCAGCCGUCACAAAAAGCCAAGCGAGAGGCACGCAAGCGCUGGAGUCUGCCGAUCAAGCGUUCGAAGACACCUCACCGCGAUAGCGUUGAUGUGAAAAAACCUGAGACUUUUAAACAGGAUAUGGAACAGCCCAUUCCAAAAAUUGUGUUGGAGUCAAGCCCACGGGACACUCAAACGGUUAGGGAUGGUUUCCCGACCAACUUGACUGAGCCGGUAGUUCAAGAUGAGCAUGCAAUGACAGAGGAGCAGGACAUGCCGAAUCCACAUGCUCCUGUGGCGCCUGAGGUGCCUUUGGCCGUGCAAGACGAGGCUGCGCCCCGUAAAGCCAAUGACCAGGAACCUGCCGCCGGGCAUGAAUCUACCAUCGAGGCACCCGCUCCACCAUCCAAGGGAGAUACGGUUGCGUCUGCAUUACCGCCAAAUGGUACGCCAGCCGCUGAGGAAGACGUCUUGGCCCAACGUAACGUCUUCCUCCAGCAUUGCCAGACACUCUUGUACCUGAAGCGUGUCGUGCAAGGUCAAGAGCCAUACGUGUACUCGGUGCGGUUUAGACCUGAUGAUUUUACGUCUACUGUCCCACUACAUGCCCUCAAGGUGUGGAACUUUAACAGUGGUAAGGUGUACAAGGCCCUCGAGCACGCAAGGCAAGUAACGUGGCCACAUGAAGUGCUGGAAGUCGUAUCGGCCAUUGUCGAAGAAGUAAGCACAGUGGCUGUGGUAGAGGAAGCUAUCCCUGAAGCAAAUGUGCCAUUACCAAUAAUUGAAAGCCUCAGUGUGCUGCUGGAUGCACUGGAUGGCGUAUAUGCCAAGCUUUUGAUGUGGCUGGAUAAAGACGCGCUGAGAAAUUUGUCCGGUCAGCCGUGCUCCGUACCUGUGGUCCCUUCAUGUGAACUACUUGACAUUUUGCAGCACACGGACCGAAAAUUGAAGAAGUUCAUUAAGUGCAUCGCGAAGGACUUGUCAUUUGUUGCUCGAAGCGUGUGCCACAACGAGAUGGGAGAAUGGGACAAGAUUCUGUGUGAUCAAAAUCUCGACUGGGAAGACUUAUCGGUGCAGCUCCAAACACGUACAGAGCGACACAGCAGUGGAAGUAGUCACACAGAGUCGCUUCAUGAAACGACAUCACCUCCUAAUGCUACGUCGCCUCUCACGUCAAAUAUCUCGAUGCUGGAAACUGGUUCCCAUGACAACGGCACUCGUGCUCAUAUACAAAGGAGCAGUGUACUUGGCCAUUUCGUGCGCGGAAAAGACGUACGUCGCCAGAAUGUGACGAAGGAACUGUGUGCUGUAAUGAAGCAUCCCUGGAGCAAGCGCGGCGACAAUAACAAGCAAGAUAAUUUCAGCAUGACUGGACCCAUGUUUGGUCGUGUCAGUAUGGAAGCCUAA